ACCGCGAAGCGCGUACCACAAGCGAACCGUGCUGCUCUUGAAAGUCGAAACCUUAGAGCUCCGGCCUGCAUACGAUCUAAUCUAAGCUCCCCCACACCUAUGCCGCCCAAAGCAACUUCAAUCAUAUAGGGGGAGAGAUCAGCAUGAUUUCAAGCUUUUAAAAUGAGACCUACGGAGUAUGCCCCAGUUCAUCAACUUGAUUAGAGGGGAUCGGCAGUUGAUGCGGUCGGUUUCACCCACUGGCUAUCAAACAAGCCUCACAUUGUGAAUGACGAAUUAUAUCCCAUUCACAACACCCAAGGCCGGCAUAGAGGAAGUGAGCCAACAAAAAAUACGAGUUUUCUUUUUCUUCCCCCCUCUUUUGCACGCCGGCAUCCCAUGCAUGGUAGUACUUGGAUUCUGGCAAAAGGAAAACUUUCAAAAAAAAAUACUCGGCUAGGAGCACCAGGUGGUUCCACGACUCAGACUUGCGG